AUGACCAUUGAACAUGUGUCUCAAACCACCGAAAGUGUUGAAGAAGUUGUUUCUAGGAAGUCUUCUGCCAUAUUGGAAUAUUUUAGUGUGGUGAUAUGCUCCUUUUCAAUCCUUGCUGGAGAAAGUAUUCCUGAAUUUGUGGAAAAACCAUGUCUACUCAUAACACCCAAGGGUGAGUUCCUAACACUCCUGACAGAACUGAAACCACUGAAAGUGACUGAAAGACAGAUAGUGGUGUUUGAAAUCCACCUGCCAAAGAAAGUGUAAAACUUUACCUACAAGUUCAAUGAAGAGUUGAAGUGGGAUGAUAAGUGUGAAAUCAUCACAUCUGAUGAUGGCUUGGCCCACACUGUGACAAUUAAGGGUGUUCAGUGCAGUGACUUCAAAGAACUUGAUGUUGAGACUGGAGGGGUUCCAAUUCAGUUUGUCAGCAGUCUCAAGAACACUCAAGUGAAAAAUAAAGGAAGAGCCUGGCUGGAGUGGGUGCUGACUUCUGAAAAUGUCAACCUCAAGGGGAUGAAGAACAGACAAGUGAUUGAGACGUCUCCUAAGUACACUAUGAAGCAUGAAGGGAAGAGAGCAAGUUCCAUUAAUGCUGCUGAGCUGAGUGACUGAAGAGUUUGCACAGUGAUCACUACACAAGACAGUGACCCUAGUGAGCAGUACAGCAGUGCCAAUGUAAAUGUGGAAGAGACAUUUGCAACCAUAAAGAAUGUGUGUGAAGUUUCUGCUCUAACAGGGGAUCCUGACGAGCUCUGUGUUGUCCAUGAUGCGAAGGUGGAAGGAAUAUAGCUCAAGGGUGGAAAACAGAUAAUGGACAGGAAGAGGCUCUGGAGAGUGAAGCAGGGAGCCAUCCACAAACUCAUCAUUGACGGAAUGGGAGAGGAGCACGAAGGGAGGUGACCGUUCAGAGCCGAGGGGCAGAGUGGAGCAACAGUUGCCAUUGGAGAUUCUCUUGUAAUUGAAGAAUCUGUCCUCGAGCUUUUUGCUGCACACAGCAUUACUGUGAAGACUAAGCAUACAGCAAGCUUCAAGGUGCCUUUCAAGGCAAAGCCAAUGCCCAAAGUCACAUGGUUCAAAGAUUAUAUUGGGGUGACAGAGGAAGAGAAAGUGGUGACAGAGAAAGCCAGUGACUUCGUUAGUCAUAAUAAAACAUGUGUGAGAGAAGACAGUGGAGCCAUUAUGCUGAAUCUGAAAAAUGACUGUGUCUCGGCUUCUGACAAUAUUUACCUCAACAUUGUUAGCAGUAGAGGAAAGCAGGUGACUCACUUCAUCAAGAGGAGGAUGGCUGGAAAAAAAUUGUGGAUCAAAGUAGGGGUGGCGAAAAGCAACUACACUGCAUUUACUACAGAGAAGGUGGAGGAAGAGAACUAUUUCAGAAUACAUGCUGUCAACUCUGAAGGCCUCAUUAAGCCUCUGAAAACAGAAGAAAUUUUUGCUGGAGAACCUAUUAGCCAGCUGUUUUUAAUGCUGGGAUCCCCAGUGAAAGGGGAUUUGCCGUCCCCUUUUCCCAAGACCGGUGUAUCACAGAAGAUACAGUGCAAAUGGCAAGAUGGAGGCUCUCCAGUGCAAGGUUACAUCACAGCAAAAGGGAAGCAAGGCAGCAAUCUUUGUGUUUCAAUCACCAAGGAGCCAGUCCAAGGUACCACAUUCAAAGUGGAUGGUUUUCUGGAGGAUAUAGAAAAGUUCCAUGUGAUAGGUGUAAACUGGGCAGGCCCUGGACUUCUAAGCAUACCCUCAACUUUCACUGCAAAGGAUCCCAUCAAGCCUCCAGGACUGCUGAAGGUGGUCAGUUUUUCCAACUCCAGCAUUUACUUAGCCUGGCAGAAGCCAGACUAGGGAAAUGUGCUAUCAGGAUAUAUACUAGAGAUGUGAGCUGAGGACACCAAGAAAUGGACAAAAUGCACCAAGAUCCUUAUCUCAAGAGACAAAUACUACUUCUGAACCUGAGCUGUGAAUGAAGCUGGUAUGGGAGAAGCAGUGGAGUUACAGGAAGGAAUUCUAGCAGUUCUACACCUUCAGAUAAGACCUGCAGCACAGUUAUUAGGAGAAGAGCUGGCAACAUUCAGCCCUUACACUAACUGUCUUGUGCUGAAUCAAUUUGAAGGUUUCUUCUUCCAGUCUCAGUCAUUCAUUUCUUCAGGCAUGACUCAACAGACUGAAGAAUUUGAUCUGAUUGUGAGGCUGAAGAGCCACAUGGUGGUUUAUGCUGGGACAGCAUCAUGCCUUCAUACAUCUUUCCCUGGCUCCCCACCACUACCAGUGAUGUGGCAAAAAGAAGGUAUAUCAACAAGAGGGAGGACAAGAACCAUUCAUGUUGACCUGUACCAGAUUAUCCUCAAGAACAGUUAUGGAGAAGCCCUUUAUGACAUUCAAAUGCAAGUUGCAGAUUUUCCCUGACCACCUACUAAUCUGCAGCUGGUGGAAGAAGUCCCAGACAUUGUCACCCUAAAUCAGUUCAGAUGUAGAAGAUGACCAGCAGACAGACACUAUGGUGUCCUGAAAUGUGAUGUCAGUACCACUACAAGGUUCAUGGCCACAGAGAAGGUCUGCAGCAGUAAGUACAUCGUCACAGGCCUUCUCCCAGGGAGGAAAUACUUCUGAGUCAUUGCCUGCAAUGACACUGGGGACACUGACCCUCUGGAUUCACAGGAGCAGUGGUACAUCUCCAAAGACAGAGGCCUAAUCAGUAAUAAGAAUGUCUCAUUAGCAGCACUCCGAAGCCAACCUGAACAUGCCCCACCUCACCAAAUCAAAAUGAAGACUCUCCAUCUUGCUGGUGCUGGCUCUAUGUUUGCAUGGUUUUUGUGCAGUGGUGCAAAGCAGCCCAUAGGGAUUCUGUCCCCAGCAGAGUGUUUUGACUUCAAGAUGGGGUAUCCCAGAAAGGGCCAUGCUUCCUGUUUCAUUGCCCUGCUGAAGAAUCAAAGCAUGAGUCAUGGCAAUGACUGCAUCAUGAGCCGUGCUUUCAUCAGCAACCCCCACCCAACAGUGACCCUGUACAAGGGCAACGUAAGCAUCACGUCCAACUCUAAGUUGUGGCUCAACUCAAGCAGCAGCAUCUGUCUGCUUAUGAUCCCUAUAACUUGCAGCUGCAAGCUGAUCAACUGUGGUGAGGACCUGGCCCCAGAAAAUUUAAGUGACUUAUCCAAGGCCACAAAAGGAGCAAGCAUGGAUAAAAGGCAGGAGAAGUGCCCAGGAGACCUUCUGUCAUAA